UAGAGCACGCGCCGUUAGAGGAGCUGUGAGAACGCCAGCUCGCGCGAGCCUGCGCCCUACACGCCCAUAGAGACCGGCCAGGGGAAAAAAAAACCGUCGCGGUCGCGUGCAUGCAACAGCAACUAAAGCUUCGAGGACGUGCACGCUCAAAUGGAGCUCAUAUCUCCCAGUUCUUCUUCUGGAACAUGGAUACCUUUUCUCUUGUGCUCGAUGCACGCGAGACCGGCACAGGAACUCAUAUCAUGUCUGCAAGGGCAGUGAUCCACCUACAGCCUUGUCGAAUUCACAAAUCAAGGACAUCACUGGGUUUUACUGCACGCCCCGGUCAGGUGCGAUCGACGGAAUGAGGCUGUUUUACUCUUCUGCUGCACCGUAGUUGUCACAGUUUCCUAAAAUUCUAAGGAAUGGAGUGGCUCAUCAUCUCUCUGAUAAUACUGGUUGUUUCUACCUCCGGACAUCUCUGUCCCAAGCGCUGCAUGUGCCAAAACCUGUCUCCAUCGCUUGCAAUUCUUUGUGCCAAGACGGGUCUGCUCUUUGUACCUACAGUAAUCGAUCGUCGGACAGUAGAGCUUCGACUCACUGAGAAUUUCAUCACAGCGGUAAGGAGGAGGGACUUUACCAACAUGACAAGUCUCCUGCACCUGACACUGUCAAGGAACACCAUCAGCCAGAUCAUGCCUCAUACCUUUGCCGAUCUUAAGCGGUUGCGGGCGUUGCAUCUGGACAGCAACCGGCUUAGUGUGGUCACGGAUGACCACUUCCAGGGUCUAACCAACCUACGGCACCUCAUUCUAGCCAACAAUCAGCUCCAUAACAUUUCUCCGCAUGCUUUUGAUGACUUCCUGGGGACUCUCGAAGACUUGGAUCUGUCGUACAAUAAUCUGGUGGACAUUCCUUGGGAAACCAUUGGAAGGCUUACUAAUGUAAACACACUUAAUAUGGACCAUAACCUAAUAGAGCAUGUCCCUUUAGGAGUGUUUUCCAACCUACACAAGCUUGCGCGUCUUGAUAUGACCUCAAAUAAACUGAAAAAAAUUCCGCCUGAUCCAUUGUUUCUUAGGAUCCCGGUUUAUGCUAAGUCCAAGGGGUCUCCACUGACCUCGCUUGUUCUAAGCUUUGGAGGAAACCCGCUUCAUUGUAACUGCGAGCUGCUUUGGCUAAGACGGCUUACAAGAGAAGAUGACUUGGAAACAUGUGCCACACCGCCAGAUCUUACAGCAAAAUACUUUUGGACAAUUCCUGAAGAAGAGUUCAUCUGUGAGCCGCCUGUUAUUACAAGAAGGUCUUUCAAGACCUUUGCUAUGGAAGGUCAGCCAGCCAGCUUAAAAUGUAAAGCCAAUGGUGACCCGGAGCCAGAGGUCCACUGGAUAUCUCCCGAAGGGCGUUUAAUCUCAAACACAUCUCGCACUCUCACCUUCAGCAACGGCAGCCUUGACAUAAACAUCACCUCCUUGAAAGAUAUGGGAGUGUUCAGCUGUAUUGCCUCUAAUGCCGCUGGGGAGUCCACGGGGACUGUAGAACUUGUGGUGACCCCACUUCCUCACAUGGCCAACAGCACUAAUCGCAUCCAAGAGCCUGAUCCAGGACCAUCGGAUAUCUUAACAUCUGCUAAGUCCAGCUCUUCCUAUAGUAAUGACACAAGGAUGCAAGAGAAGACAACAAUACUGGCCGAGCUAACCGCAAACUCGGCUCUUAUUAGAUGGCCAUCACAGCAGCAUUUCCCGAGUAUUAGGAUGUUCCAGAUACAAUACAACAGCUCAGUAGAUGACACCCUGGUCUACAGGUACAGCAAGGGGAUGAUCCCAUCUACAAAUCAGGAUUUUCUGGUGAGAGAUCUGGCAUCUGGGCGUGAGUACGACCUGUGUGUGCUGGCUGUAUACGAGGAUGGCAUAACCUCGCUGACCGCCACGAGGCAGGUGGGCUGUGUCUCCUUCGUCACACAUGCCGAGUACACCCAGUGCCACGUGCUGCGCAGCCACUUCUUGGGUGGCACUAUAAUCAUCAUCAUCGGCGGCAUUAUUGUGGCAUCCGUGCUGGUCUUCAUCAUCAUCCUCAUGAUUCGCUACAAAGUGUACAACCAGCAGGGACCCAAAGCCGGCAAAGGACUUGCCAAGAGCAAGGUCCGUUCACAAAGCAAUGCAGGCGGUCAGGUUUCUGGGCAGGUUUCAUGCUCAGGCUCCAAAGUCAUGGAGGGGCAGGAGGACCAAGGAUCAGGGUUUGGGGGAGGUGCAAGAGUCACGACUUCCUCUCUAAAAGACUGCAUUACCAUGGCUUUAGUGAUGGAUUGCGAAAAGGGAAUGCAGAACUCUGAGGCGAGCAGCGAGGGCAGUGUUUUACCCUUGCAAAAACGCCUCUCCAGGACAUGCCUAGAGCAAAAAGGUCAACCUUCACUCUCCACCAUUGACGGGACCGCAACUGUCGAAGGAAACACAGCAGGCCAGCAGGUCAGUGAUGAGAAAAAGGUUUUGCCAGACUGGGGCAAUUUAAAAAUUUGAUGACCUUUGCUGUUGUCCAACAAGAGGUGGCCACCAGCCCUAAAAAAUCUCUCUAGGUGACCUGAAAUCAGGGAAAAAUUUAUGAGGGAACCAUUUCUUUAAAAAAAAGUGCCAUUGUUUUAUCUCCAGGACUAUUCAAAAAAUUACACCAUGUAAUAUUUCCUGACACAAAGGAUUCACUCUUGCAAGAACACAGAAAACUGAGAACAUGGCUGUUGUCUGUCUCUGGCUUGUGGACUAAUCUGCCUUUUAACCUCACUGUGGCCUGGAUGGUCUUGUUUUUGCUACCAGUUACAUCAUUCAUCACUACCUGAAUGGUCUGAACUAUGGUAUCCCCCCUUUCCCAUCCUCACAGAUAUCUGAGAAUUUCAGAAGGAGCUGUAGGACACACAGCUGACCUGAUCCACUUCUCUUCCUCGUCAUUUUUUUUUCACACCUGCCACAUGAGAACUGACACAAGAUAUACUGCAAAUAAAUGGCAACAAACAGGUGUGCCUGGAGAGUAUAUGUUUUUCCCCCUAAUGUUCUGUAACUUUAAUUUGGUGUUUUGUUUAGUAGUGUAUAUAGCUGUACAUAAGCAAUUUCAAAUCUUAUAGUUUUGUACAUGUAUUUUUUAUGGUGUGUAAUCAUAUAAAGAGUGUUUGAUUCA